UAAUUAAAGGUUGAUAUAUUAGAUGGACUCCGGAGCCGGGCCCAGCAGUAGCUCCGGUAAGCUGGGAGAUCUACUCCGUAAGAAGUAUAUCGAUAAGGCGGAGGAGGGGGAGAUACAGACAGACGAGAACGAGGGGAGGAGGAGCAGAAGUAGGACUAGGAGUAGGAGUAGGAGAAGGAGAUCAAGUAGCAGCAGUUCAUCAUCUUCCGGCACCAGCAGAUCAAGAUCAAGAUCAAGAAGAAAGAAAAGUUCAAGAUCAAGAGGCAAAUCCAACUCCAGGAGCAGAUCAAGAUCUGGAAGGAAGAACGGUGGCGAGGAUCGGCGACGUCGUCGACGUCGAGAUGAGGGUGACGAGUAUGAGGAGGGAGAGGAAGACCCGGAGGGGUAUCUGUAUAUGGAUGAGGAUGGAUACUAUUAUGAUGAGGAGGGGAACUGCUACUACUAUGAGGAUGAGGAUGAAGGAGAUCUAAAGAAUAAAGGAUAUGAUUGUCAUAACUGUAAACAAAAGGGACACAAGUUUGAUAACUGUCCUUACAGGGCAAUCCCGGAGGAUCCCAAGUUCUGUAAUAUUUGUGCUGAGGAGGCGAGACUUUGUGAAUGUCGAGCUUGUAGGAUCUGCUACGAUGAGAAGCAUUGGUGGAAGGAAUGUCCCUACCGUGUUGAGGGGUUCUACAAAAUGACUGAGGAAGAAUAUAACAAUCUUCAGUAUGAGAUUGAACAGGCUCAGUUGAUGAAUAUUGAGAAGAAGAAGAAGCAGUUGGCGGAGAAGAAGAAGAAAAGGGAAGAAUAUGACAAGGAUAGGGGGGGAAGGAGGGGGGGAGCUGAUGGUUUGCCAGAUCUCAAGUAUGAGAUAGAACAAGAACGGAAAAGUAGAGGACGAGGGGGAAGGGAUGGAGACAGAGACAGGCGCAGCAGAGAUAGACGACGCUCCAGAUCCCGUCGACGGUCCCGAACUAGGUCUAGGUCUAGGACCAGGGGUAAGUCCAGGGACAAGGGUAGAGGAUCAGGAAGAGAUAGAAGAUCAAAGUCCAAGGAUAAAAAUAAAGGAUCUGGGUCUGGGUAUAGACGGUAUUAUGAUGACAGUGGAGAAGAGAGGGAUGGCUCACCGGAAGACAAGGAUAAGACCAAGGGAGAGAAAAAGAAACCAGGACGGAACUACAGGAAGAACGGAAGAAACGACAGUGACAGUGAUUAGGCCAAGAAAAGAAGAAGCGUCCAGAAAAGUCUGAUGCAACAAAGAUCCUUAUUCGGAGUUUUGAUUAAUUGUAAAUAAUAUUUUGUUAAAUAUUGCAUGUCAAUUUUUUUUCUCUGCAUUUAGACCUACAGAAAAUUUCUUAGUUUCCAACAUAUAAUCAUUUAAUCACCCUCCGAACCAAAUAUUGUAAAGUGUUUCGUUUUCA